CAUUGCAUUUUUUCCCAUAAAAUUCUCGCAUUUGUAAAACGAAAGUGAAUCAGAAAAGUCGUAAAAUGUUCAGAUUUCUAAUAAAUGUUAUCUCCCGUACAAAAUUGUGUUUAUUCUUGGCAGUGUUCUUGAAUUUAUGCAUUUUAAAUUAUUACGCUGAUGCGCAAACAACACAGAAUAUAAAUGUUUUGUUCGUCAACGAAGUCGGUAAUGAUAUGGCGCAGGUGGCUGUAGAUGUUGCAUUGAACUACAUUAGGAAGAAUCCUAGCCUUGGUCUUUCAGUGGAAUUAAUGUCCGUUGAGGGAAACCGCACAGAUAGCAAAGGAUUUUUAGAAUCAAUUUGUUCGAAAUAUUCAGAGGCAUUAAGUAUGAACACGCCACCUCAUGUUAUUUUUGAUACAACAUUGACGGGUGCAUCAUCGGAGACAGUGAAAUCAAUCAGCGCUGCUCUAGGAAUUCCAACUGUAUCAGCUUCUUUUGGACAAGAAGGCGAUUUGAGACAAUGGCGGUCUCUAUCGGUGACUAAAAGUAAUUAUCUAUUACAGGUGAUGCCUCCUGCCGACUUGAUACCUGAGGUUAUACGAUCGAUUAUUAUCUAUAAUAAUAUAACAAAUGCUGCUAUUCUCUAUGAUGAGUCAUUUGUAAUGGAUCACAAAUAUAAAGCUUUGUUGCAAAACAUUCCUACGAGACAUGUGAUAACACCAAUCGAAGCGGAUAGAGAUCGAUCUGAACAGAUUGAAAAAUUGCGGAAUCUUGAUAUAAACAAUUUUUUCAUAUUGGGUUCUUUUGCAUCGAUCAAAAACGUACUAGAUUCAACUAAGCGAGAUUUUUUUGAAAGAAAUUUCGCGUGGCAUGCCAUAACUCAACAUCAAGGGGAACUUUCGAGUAAUGUUGAUAAUGCUACGGUCAUGUUACUUCGGCCUGUUUCAGACAGUAAGAGUAAAGAUCGUUUGGGUAUUAUAAGGACCACGUAUAACAUGAAACAAGAGCCACAAAUAACAACCGUGUUUUAUUUCGAUCUGGCACUGCGUACAUUUUUGGCCAUUAAGAAUAUUCUUCAAGUUGGAGCCUGGCCGCCUAAUAUGAAAUAUUUGACGUGUGAUGAAUACGAUGGUACCAAUACGUUAAACCAUACAAUUGAUCUCAAAUCAGCUUUCGUAGAAGUAACAGAGCCAACAACAUACGGUCCUUUUGUAUUCCCAAAAGGAAAAACUCCUUUUAACGGACAUAGUUUCAUAAAGUUUGAAAUGGAUAUUAGUGCGGUUACAAUUCGGGGGGGUGCUUCGGUCAGUACGAAAAAAUUAGGCAAAUGGGAGACUGGUCUGGACAGUCCAUUGCAUGUCCUGAAUGAAGAUGAUAUGAAAAAUCUAACAGCCGAUAUUGUUUAUCGUGUUUAUACUGUUGUUCAAGAACCGUUCAUCAUUCGGGAUCCCAGCUCACCUAGAGGAUUCAAAGGAUACUGCAUCGAUUUGUUGGAUGAGAUUGCGAAAAUAGUAAAAUUUGAUUAUGAAAUAAAGGAGGUGGAAGAUGGAAAGUUUGGAAACAUGAAUGACAAAGGCGAAUGGAAUGGAAUUGUGCGCAAACUGAUUGACAAACAAGCAGACAUUGGAUUAGGAUCUAUGUCGGUAAUGGCUGAACGAGAAACCGUUAUCGAUUUCACUGUACCAUACUAUGAUCUCGUGGGGAUUUCGAUUAUGAUGCUGUUACCUAGUACACCAAGCUCUCUGUUCAAGUUUCUGACAGUGCUGGAAACAAAUGUGUGGUUGUGCAUUCUGGCUGCAUAUUUUUUCACGAGUUUUCUUAUGUGGGUUUUCGACCGAUAUAGUCCAUACAGCUACCAAAAUAAUCGUGAAAAGUAUAAAAAUGAUGAUGAGAAACGGGAAUUUAACAUAAAGGAAUGUCUUUGGUUCUGCAUGACCUCUUUGACGCCCCAAGGAGGUGGAGAAGCUCCCAAAAAUUUAUCUGGCAGAUUGGUGGCAGCUACAUGGUGGUUGUUUGGGUUUAUUAUAAUCGCAUCUUACACUGCUAAUUUAGCUGCAUUCCUAACUGUUUCUCGACUGGAUACACCUGUAGAAUCGUUGGACGACUUGUCAAAACAAUACAAAACUCUUUAUGCACCACUGAAUGGAUCAUCAGCGAUGACAUAUUUCCAGCGAAUGGCUGAUAUAGAAGCACGAUUCUAUGAAAUCUGGAAAGAAAUGUCGUUAAACGAUUCAUUAACGCCAGUAGAACGUUCAAAGUUAGCUGUGUGGGAUUAUCCAGUGAGCGAUAAAUAUACGAAAAUGUGGCAGGCGAUGCAGGAAGCCGGACUGCCGAACAGCUUGGAUGAAGCCGUUGAACGGAUCAGGAAUUCUACAUCGGCAUCUGGUUUUGCGUUUCUUGGUGAUGCUACCGAUAUCAGAUAUAAAGUGCUUACUAGCUGUGAUUUACAAAUGGUCGGAGAAGAGUUUUCGCGGAAGCCAUACGCCAUCGCCGUACAACAGGGAUCUCCCCUUAAAGAUCAAUUUAAUAACGCAAUUUUAAUGUUGCUGAAUAAACGUCAGCUUGAGAAAUUGAAGGAGCAAUGGUGGAAAAACGAUGAUGUCCAGAGCAAAUGCGAGAAGCCAGAUGAUCAAUCUGAUGGUAUAUCAAUUCAAAAUAUUGGAGGCGUUUUUAUUGUCAUAUUUGUUGGCAUCGGAAUGGCAUGUAUUACACUUAUUUUCGAAUUUUGGUACUACAAAUAUCGCAGGAAUGUCAACAACAUAAUUGAUGUGGCUGGAAUAACGGAAGAUAAAAAUGUACAAAAAAUAGGAAAUUUCAGACUAUCAAAUGAUGAUAGGCCCGACAAAGUCCAAAAACCACAAGCACUUCGAACAAGAUUACAAACAUUGGACACAAAUAAUUUUAAAUCGCGUUUUUAAACCAGUGUGAUUCCAAAAGAAUACAUUAAUAUAACAGUUAUUGUUGGGUAAUAAAG